CGGCCCGCCCCGCUCCUCACGUGCACACGGACUCCAGUGCCCCGGGAGUUGCGCUGGGUCUGGCCGCUGCACCAUGACCCUGGAGGCGAUCCGCUACUCGCGGGGCUCCCUGCAGAUCCUGGACCAGCUGCUGCUGCCCCAGCAAACCCACUACGAGGCGGUGGGCUCGGUGCGCCAAGCCUGGGAGGCCAUCCGUGCCAUGAAGGUGAGGGGCGCCCCAGCCAUCGCCCUAGUGGGCUGCCUCAGCCUCGCCGUGGAGCUGCAGACGGGCGCCGGGGGACCGGGACUCGCCGCGCUGGUGGCCUUCGUGCGCGACAAGCUGAGCUUCCUCGUCACCGCCCGGCCUACCGCUGUCAACAUGGCCCGCGCCGCCCGCGACCUGGCUGAUGCUGCAGCUCGGGAGGCCGAGCGGGAGGGCGCUACAGAGGAGGCAGUCCGGGAGAGAGUGAUCCGCUGCGCCGAGGACAUGCUGGACAAAGACCUCAGAGACAACCAGAGCAUCGGGGACCUCGGAGCCCGCCACCUCUUGGACCGGGCGGCCCCCAACGGUGGCAAGGUGGCUGUGCUGACCCACUGUAACACCGGUGCUCUGGCCACUGCUGGCUAUGGCACAGCCCUAGGUGUGAUCCGAUCACUGCACAGCCUGGGCCGCCUGGAGCACGCCUUCUGCACCGAGACGCGGCCCUACAACCAGGGAGCCCGACUGACGGCCUUCGAGCUGGUCUAUGAGCAGAUCCCCGCCACCCUCAUUGCCGACAGCAUGGCAGCUGCCGCCAUGGCCCAUAGGGGUGUGUCAGCCGUGAUCGUGGGAGCUGACCGCGUGGUUGCCAAUGGCGACACAGCCAACAAGGUGGGCACCUACCAGCUGGCCAUUGUCGCCAAGCACCACGGCAUUCCCUUCUACGUGGCUGCUCCCAGCUCUUCCUGCGACCUCCGUCUGGAGACUGGCAGGGAGAUCAUCAUUGAAGAGCGUCCAAGCCAGGAGCUGACCGAUGUUAACGGGGUCCGGAUUGCGGCACCCGGGAUUGGAGUUUGGAAUCCUGCCUUCGAUGUCACCCCCCACGACCUCAUCACUGGCGGCAUCAUCACAGAACUGGGGGUCUUUGCCCCUGAGGACCUCCGGGCAGCCCUAACCACCACCAUCUCUUCCAGGGAUGGGACCCAGAUGGACACCAGAUGUAACCAACUCAGUCCUCCCUAGCCUGCCUCUCUAGGAGUUUUAAUAAAUUUCUUGAAUGGCUGCCCAAAAGCUGACCUACCCGCCCCUGACCACACUUGUUCCUAGGGCAGAGAGAUCAGACAGGACCUUCCAUCUACAUCCCAGCAUCUAGAGGAAGGCCACCCAGGUUCAAAUCCUAACUCUGCCACUUUUUCCACUGUGUGAUCUUAGACAACUCACUUCACCUCUCUGUGCCUUGGUGUCCUCAUUUAUAAAGUGUGGCUAACACCUGUACCUCCCUCUUAAGGUCAGGGCUGGAGCUAGGUGACACCACCAGGGCAGGAUUUUAAGAGGACAGUAAAAAAGCUCAGCCACCAGCCAGGCUGUCAUCCCAGCACUUUGGGAGGCUGAGCCGGGCGGAUCACCUGA